CACAUUGGUCUUCUCCUUCCUCUGUCCCCCGAAGCAGAAUUGGAGAGAAAAAGGAAAUCGAAAAUGGUAGGUGCGAAUAUGAAAGCAGAGACGUUGAAGUUGAUGGAGAAGAGAAGCGAGAUUGAAGCUGAGAUGAACGCCAUCAUCGAGCGUCUCUGUCAACCCGGCGCACCUGGUCUCUCCGGUAACCUCGUCGAUUCUGAGGGGUUUCCUCGUUCCGAUAUUGACAUUCCGGUUGUGCGAGCUGAUCGUCGUCGUCUUGCUGAGCUGAAGGUUGAUCACAACGAUAUUACUGAUAAAAUAAAUGCAAAUAUUCAAGUUCUACAUUCGGCAAGGCUUGCUCCUACGUCUUCAUCCCCCGAAGGUUCAGGUGUUAAUGCAGGGGUAAACGAUCAAAAUGCACCAGUUAUCAAUGCUGUUGCAUCUGCAUCCUUGCAGGAUAUUGUUUCAAGAGAUUCUUCCAGUAGCAAUGAUAUGGAUGUCAUUUCUAGCAUACCCUUUGCAAUGGUUGAUGAAAUAGCCGAUGCAUCACCUGCAGCCGAGGAUGGUUUGCAAUUGGGAGAUCAGAUUGUGAAAUUUGGUAAUGUUAAAGCCGGAGAUAAUGUCCUGCAGAAGCUUGCUUCUGAAGUUCAGGCAAAUCAGGGUCAUGGAAUAGCUAUUUUAGUUCUGAGACAAGGUGCUCUGGUCAAUAUAACAGUGACUCCGAGAGCAUGGCAAGGAAGGGGCGUGUUAGGGUGUCAUUUUCGAAUCAUUUAAUGGUUUUGUUUUGAAAUCACAAAUGCUGUGGAACAUGGAAGGGGUGUAGUUCUUACCAUCUUAUGAGUUGUAAUAAGCUGUGUUUUGAUAGAAAUGUUAGCAUUUGAACAUUAUUUUUUUUGCCUUUGUUGGAAUUUUGAAUGUUCUUUUUCCUUUCUGAGACACUGUAAGCAUAUGGAUGACUUCUACCUGUGUUUAUUUUAAAAUACCUUGUGUCUUAGUGCAAGCUUAGAAUGUUUGAUCAAUGGGCAUCCUGAUUUAGUUGGUUACUUUUCUGAGCAAUUUCCCUCUGUGUGUGGGGCUGUGUAUUGACAGGGUCAACUCUAGUUAGGUGUUUCUCAGAGCUCUUGUCUGAGUGAGAUGUCGUAACCAAAACUUGUGCUUCAAUAUUUGACAAAAACUGAAGGGAUACAAGGAACCAAACCAAUGCAAAACCAAGAGAGCAAGGAUUGCUUAAA